AUGAAGACAAUCCUACUUGUAUUGUUGAGUGUGUAGAUCUUAUUAGCAUAGGAUCCUUGGGUAACCCAUUAUACAGCAUUUACAUCAGCUGAAAUAAAUGACUUAGAUGGUAUUGAUUGAUAAUAAAUAAUUAGGUUGGGUUGUAAAGAAAGCAUUUAAAGGAAACACUUUUAGUAAAUGUGAUAAGAUUAGUUUGGUUGGUGGAUAUGGAGCAUUUGGUAAAGGAGCAACUGCAUUAAAAUAAUUAACACUUCCACCUCAUUAUAAAUUAAAGAUCAAUAUACAAUUGUGGAAGUAAUAUUGAUUAAAUAACAAAAAUAAUAGAAUUGAUAGUUGGGAUAAUGAAAUAAUGUUUGUUUUGGUUGAUGGUUUCAUUUGGCAAGCAAAAUGGCACUAUUCUGAAGGUGCUAAUUUAUGUGGAGCUGCUAAUGAUUGGAAAGAAGCCUUUUAUAACAUUGAAUUUGAAGUUCCACACAAUUCACCAACAGUAAGUAUAGUAUUGACAUCAAAUUUGGAUGAAGAUGCAUUGAAUGUAUAGAUAAUUAUAAUAAAUAUAAUAGGAAUCUUGGGCAUUCAGAGAUUUCAAAUUAUCAUUCUAAAGAUGUCAUCCAGAAUGUGCAGUAUGUGGUGAUAAUAAACCAGAUAAUUGUUUCUUUUGGACAAAUGUAGCUACUAAUUGGAAUAAAUAAAUUUCAUUAGAAGGAUGGACAUUAGAUGGAGAAGGAAAAGCUGAAUCAAAUGAAUGUGCAGGAGUAUAACUUUUUGGUGGUUUUGGAAAAUUAGGAAGAAAAGCUAAUUUAUGGAAGAGAUUCACUAAUUUACCACCUCACUUUUAAGUUAAAGUUAAGGUUUAAAUGUGGAAAAUUGAUUCUUGGGAUAAUGAAUUAUUUUUAAUGGAAAUUGAUGAUUAAGAGAAAUUUAGAUAAGCCUUUGCUUAUAAUGAAGGUGUUGAUCUUUGUGGUGUUGAUACAGGUGCAAAAUAAGGAGAAGGAUGGGCUGAAAAGAUUGUUAAUAUUGAAAUAAAUGNAAAGUAUUCGUUUUUAAGAGAAUUAAUGAUUAGCAUUAAUAUUAUUAUAUUAUGAAGACAAUCCUACUUGUAUUGUUGAGUGUGUAGAUCUUAUUAGCAUAGGAUCCUUGGGUAACCCAUUAUACAGCAUUUACAUCAGCUGAAAUAAAUGACUUAGAUGGUAUUGAUUGAUAAUAAAUAAUUAGGUUGGGUUGUAAAGAAAGCAUUUAAAGGAAACACUUUUAGUAAAUGUGAUAAGAUUAGUUUGGUUGGUGGAUAUGGAGCAUUUGGUAAAGGAGCAACUGCAUUAAAAUAAUUAACACUUCCACCUCAUUAUAAAUUAAAGAUCAAUAUACAAUUGUGGAAGUAAUAUUGAUUAAAUAACAAAAAUAAUAGAAUUGAUAGUUGGGAUAAUGAAAUAAUGUUUGUUUUGGUUGAUGGUUUCAUUUGGCAAGCAAAAUGGCACUAUUCUGAAGGUGCUAAUUUAUGUGGAGCUGCUAAUGAUUGGAAAGAAGCCUUUUAUAACAUUGAAUUUGAAGUUCCACACAAUUCACCAACAGUAAGUAUAGUAUUGACAUCAAAUUUGGAUGAAGAUGCAUUGAAUGUAUAGAUAAUUAUAAUAAAUAUAAUAGGAAUCUUGGGCAUUCAGAGAUUUCAAAUUAUCAUUCUAAAGAUGUCAUCCAGAAUGUGCAGUAUGUGGUGAUAAUAAACCAGAUAAUUGUUUCUUUUGGACAAAUGUAGCUACUAAUUGGAAUAAAUAAAUUUCAUUAGAAGGAUGGACAUUAGAUGGAGAAGGAAAAGCUGAAUCAAAUGAAUGUGCAGGAGUAUAACUUUUUGGUGGUUUUGGAAAAUUAGGAAGAAAAGCUAAUUUAUGGAAGAGAUUUACUAAUUUACCACCUCACUUUUAAGUUAAAGUUAAGGUUUAAAUGUGGAAAAUUGAUUCUUGGGAUAAUGAAUUAUUUUUAAUGGAAAUUGAUGAUUAAGAGAAAUUUAGAUAAGCCUUUGCUUAUAAUGAAGGUGUUGAUCUUUGUGGUGUUGAUACAGGUGCAAAAUAAGGAGAAGGAUGGGCUGAAAAGAUUGUUAAUAUUGAAAUAAAUGUUCCUCACAAAUUCCCUGAAGUAAAAGUCUUAAUGAAAUCAACAUUGGAUGAACCACCUGAGAAUGAAUCAUGGGGAGUUAGAGAUUUCUAAUUAUUUGCUGCUUAAUGUUUCAAAGGAUGUACAGGUUGUACUGGACCAGCAAAAUCUGAUUGUACUUCUUGUGGUUAAGGUUUUGAUUUAGUGAAUGGUGAAUGUAAAGAAGGAAGUAAUUUAAUAUAUUUAUAUAUUGAUUAGUUAAAUGGAUGACAUUAAAUAGAUUCUUCUUUAAUGAUGAAUAAGAUUUCUAAGGAUUAUAAGAUUGGACUCCAUCAAAUGUCUUCUAAAAUUAAAAUCCAUUCUCAACAUGUGGAGAAAAGAAAUUAUUUGGUGGUUAUCAAAGAUUUGGUGCAAAAGCUAAAGCUGAAAGAAAUUUCAAUCUUCCAAAACAUUCUAGACUCAGAAUUCAAUUCUAAUUUUGGAAGAUCGACUCAUGGGAUGAUGAAAAAUUCUAAGUCUUUGUGGAUGGAAAAGUUGUAUUUGAAAGAUCAUUUGGAUUCAGUACUCCAGGAUAAGCCAAAAUUUGUGGAGCUCCUUAAAGUACUUGGAUGACUUAUUUCUUCAAUGUUGAUGUCAUUAUUGAACAUACUAAUCCUACCGCUAACAUAGUGUUAAGUUCUACAUUAGAUCAAGGUGCUAAUGAUGAAUCAUGGGGUUUCAGAGAAUUCUAAUUACUUUAUGAAUUAAAAGAAGAUUGUGUUGAAUUGUAUACUGAAUGUGGAUUCAAGGGAACCAAAUAUGAAAUCUGUAGAGACACUCCAUCACUUGCAAGAGUAAUAAUCAAUUUAAUUAUCUUUAUAGGAAAAAAUCAGUCAAGUUAAAUCUAUAAAGAUUCCUCCUGGUGUAGUAGUAUAAGGAUUUGAUGAAGAAGUUUAUAAAGGAAAAACAGUUAAAUUCUCAUAAAGUUAAGAUUGUUUAGAGGAAAUCUAAUUUUCUUUUAUUCAAAAAAAGUUUGAAAUUAUUCAAGCUGAUGAUUCUGUUUUGGCUGCAAAUUUAAGACGUAUCAGAUUUGAUUGA